AACAUUGCAUGAGAAGCGUCUCUCCUCCCCUUCCCUGACCCUCCCAGAUGCCGAGCCCUGAGUUCAGUACAGACUCCCGACACUUUCCCAGGAGAGGAUCCCGGGCUGUGGAUACCAGUUUAUUUCAGUGUACAUCAGUAGAAGUUCCAUAAGGAUCUGCUCAGUGGUGCUGUAACCAUCCUGCUGUAACCAUCGUGGGGCGUAUUGUAUACAAACAGUAAAAAGAUCCCACAAUCCAUCAGGCACCAGUGCCACCAUGGCAGAGAAGAUCAGCUUGCCGGCCAAACUGAUCAAUGGGGGAAUCGCUGGGCUAGUUGGGGUCACCUGUGUGUUUCCUAUUGACCUGGCCAAGACGCGGCUACAGAACCAGCAGGGAAGUGGCAUAUACAGAGGCAUGUUUGACUGCCUGAUUAAGACUGUACGCUCAGAAGGAUUCUUCGGCAUGUAUCGAGGGGCAGCUGUCAAUCUAACCCUUGUCACCCCAGAAAAGGCAAUCAAACUAGCGGCGAAUGAUUUUUUCCGAAACCUGUUGGCUCGGGAUGGGAAAGAGUUAACGCUGCUGAAGGAGAUGCUGGCCGGCUGCGGAGCGGGAACGUGCCAGGUAGUAGUGACGUCCCCCAUGGAAAUGCUGAAAAUCCAGCUCCAGGAUGCAGGGCGCCUGGCAACCCAGAAAGCCUUUGCUGAAGAGGGAUUGGCUGCCAUCCCAAAGAGACCCUCAGCGCUGCUCAUAGCCACAAACCUGCUACGCACCCAGGGCAUCUCGGGGGUUUAUAAGGGACUCGGCGCCACGUUGCUACGAGACGUCCCUUUCUCUGUCAUUUAUUUCCCGCUAUUUGCCAACCUGAAUAAACUGGGGCAGAAGUCUCCUCGUGAGAGAGCGCCGUUCUACCAUUCCUUCCUGGCCGGGUGCGUCGCGGGGUCCGUGGCGGCUGUUGCCGUGACGCCUCUAGAUGUGCUUAAAACCAGGAUCCAGACUUUACAGAAAGGAAUCGGAGAAGAAACUUACAAUGGAAUCCUGGACUGUGCAAGGAAGACCUGGAGGAACGAAGGCCCCUCGGCUUUUAUGAAGGGGGCAGGCUGCAGGGCACUGGUAAUUGCCCCUCUCUUUGGAAUAGCCCAGGUGGUGUAUUUCAUCGGCAUAGGAGAAUAUAUUCUGGGAUACUUCAACUAGCUCCGCCCCCCCGUGAUGGAGAGGGAGAGAGAGGACUCCUAGAAACAGGAGACAUUAGAUCACAGAAUAUAAUUGGUCUCCUAGGAACCCAACGUAGGUCUCAUUAGAAGGAGAGGUUGGAACCCAGGAACCUUGGGAGCUGGCCGACCAUAUACACCCUGGGGUAGGUCUGCUGGAGCAAAGUAGGCAGUUGCCUCCUCCGUGCAGAUCCUGAGCAGGCAGCGGCCAAGGUGCAUUGGGGCUCACUCAGUGGACCAGUCCGACAGAGGCCACUUAUUGGCUACGUGGUCUGGGAAUGGCCUCAGUGUGUUUACAAGGCAAAAUAAUGCAUUGUACAACAGCCAAUGAUGAUAGGGGGAGUCCAGUAAUAUAUCUGCUCUCCCCCACCCCAACCAACUGUAUCCACAGGACCCCACUAUCACCCUGUAUUGCCCCUGUUGAUCAAGGGCCAUGCAAGGUAGUGGUGGGACCCAGAAAAAUAUUGUAUUUGUUCAGCUUAUAGCCUAUUUUUAAAAAGUAUAUAUGAGCUUAAAGCAAACCUGCAAGGGGGGGUGCCUCCCAAUUGGCUACCCUGUGAUAGGGAGGCGGAGCUUAGCAACUAGGGAUCACCAGGGGGGGGAUUGGAAUUAUACUUUGGCACUAUGACUGUUUUAGCUUUCCUUGUACUUUGUAUUUAUGAUAAGCACAUAAAUGAGUAUCAAAAGAACCAGAAUUUAUAGGCAAAAAUAUUCCUAUGCAGUAUUAUAGGGACUGGGUGUGGGCACUGGGAAAUAAUGGCUGUGCCAGGUUAUAGGUGCAGGGGGUAUUCAGUCAGGGGGGCUACAAUGGUGUCCCACUAAGCUGUUUAACUGCAAACCCCAUCGCUGACCUUUGGCUGCCAGUGGCUGCUGGGAGCUCUAGGCUAAAAUACUGCCCCUGGUAUAAAUAACCCCCCCAUACACGGGCCGAUUGUAGCUGCCGAUAUGGGUCCCUUAGUCCGACUCAGCAGCUUAUUGGCCCGUGUAUGGGCGCUAACGACUGGCCUGCCCGACCGAUAUCUGGCCUGAAAUCGGGCAGGUUUAAAAAUGUAGUCGGAUCGGGUCCGCAUUGGCUCGUUGAUGCAGUCCCUGAACCGACUGCGCCUGUUACCAGUGUUCUAAUUUGAUCGUUUGGCCCCAGGGCCAAAAUUCACCCGAUAUCGCCCACCCGUAGGUGGGGAUAUCGGGAGAAGAUCUGCUCGCUUGGCGAGGUCCCACGCGAGCGGAUCUUAACGUGUAUGGGCACCUUUAGGUUAAUUGUGGGUAGGGGGUCCGGGGGGCCAAGGUGAUUUUUUGGACUCUGCCAAUGCACUGGUGGGUCAUGUAUUUGGCAGGAAGCAGUUAUUGCAUGGGAAAGCGCUUCUGUGAGUGCCCACCGGUACCUUUUGUAUGUGAUUUGGCCCAUGUCACCUAAGCAGUGCACCACAGAGUGCAAGAGAAAGAAAGGUAGAAGGACAGACAGUAGGCAGCAGGGUCCACACAACUUUAUUGUAAUAAAUAAACAUCACAUUGGACAAUGAA